GGCUUCAAAUGGUAGGUUGAGAGAUUUCUGGUUGUCUUUUCUCUUGGAAGGAGAGACGGAUUGCUUGGCUUCGUGGCGAAGAGGGUAUAAGAAGGGAGUGUGGUCGCGUGGAGCUGUGGUAGACAACAGAGAAUUUGCUUCAGUCUCUCACGCUUGUCUCAUCUAUACUGCUCUAACUCAAGAUGAGGUGUUUCUACGCCUUCGUGACGGCGUUCUUUGUGCUGUUCCAAACAGUGCUGGCCUUGUCGCCUGCGGAAUGGCGUUCUCAGUCGAUUUAUUUCCUCUUGACGGAUCGGUUUGGUCGGACGGACAAGUCCACCACGGCUUCGUGUGACCUGAGCAAGCGCGAGUAUUGUGGCGGUACCUGGCAAGGGAUUAUCAAUCAGCUCGAUUAUAUCCAAGGAAUGGGAUUCACAGCCAUCUGGAUCACCCCUGUGACUGAUCAGUUCUACGAGAGCACUGGCGAUGGAACUUCGUACCAUGGGUAUUGGCAGCAGGAUAUAUACGAGGUCAACCCUAAACUAGGUACUUCAGAUGACCUGAAAAGCCUGGCAGAUGCACUGCACAAACGGGGCAUGUAUCUGAUGGUGGAUGUGGUUCCUAACCACAUGGGAUACAAGGGCAUCGGUUCCUCGGUUGACUACAGCGUCUUCAAUCCGUUCAGCUCCUCUAGCUAUUUCCAUCCCUAUUGUCUCAUCUCGAACUAUAAUGAUCAAUCGAGUGUCGAGAACUGCUGGCUAGGAAGUACCACUGUCUCUCUUCCGGAUCUCGACACCUCGCAGUCCAAUGUCCGGACGAUCUGGUACGACUGGAUCCGGGAUUUGGUUUCGAAAUACUCCAUUGACGGGUUGAGAGUGGACACGGUCAAACAUGUCGAGAAGUCCUUCUGGCCGGGAUUCAACAGCGCUGCUGGCGUUUAUUGCGUCGGAGAGGUAUUUCAGGGAGACCCGGCAUAUACUUGCCCUUACCAGAACUAUAUGGAUGGAGUGCUGAACUACCCAAUUUACUACCCCCUUCUUCGCGCAUUCCAGUCCUCAAGCGGCAGCAUCAGCGACCUCUACAACAUGAUCAACUCGGUGGCCUCCAGCUGCUCAGACCCGACCCUGCUUGGAAACUUCAUCGAGAACCAUGACAAUCCUCGAUUUGCACAUUACACAAACGACUACUCCCAGGCCAAAAACGUCAUCUCCUUCCUCUUCCUCUCCGACGGCAUCCCCAUCAUCUACGCCGGCCAGGAACAGCACUAUGGUGGCGGCGAAGACCCCUAUAACCGCGAGGCCACCUGGCUGUCGGGCUACUCGACCUCCUCGGAGCUGUAUACCUUCGUCGCGCGCACGAAUGCCAUUCGUCGAUUAGCUGUGGCCAAGGAUUCGGGAUAUAUCACGUCUCGCAACACCCCCUUCUACCAAGACUCCAACACCCUCGCCAUGCGCAAAGGCUCUUCCGGCUCGCAGGUCAUCACCGUCCUCAGCAACCGCGGCUCCUCGGGAUCCUCCUACACCCUAACGCUCAGCAACACGGGCUACUCAUCCGGCGCAUCCCUCACAGAACUAUACACCUGCACGUCCAUCACCGCUGGCUCAUCCGGCUCCCUCGCCGUCCCUAUGUCAUCGGGCCAGCCGCGCGCCAUCGUCCCGUCCUCCUGGCUCAGCGGCAGCGGACUAUGCGGGUCCUCGACGCCGUCCACAACGCUAACCACUACGACGUCUCAGACCAGCACCUCCUCCGGCCCAACUACCACCACUACCUGCGUCGCCGCGUCUUCUCUAGCCGUGCUCUUCAAGGAAAUCGUCACCACGACGUACGGCGAGAGCGUUUAUUUGACGGGCUCGAUUGCGCAGCUGGGGAGUUGGAAUCCCGCCAACGGUGUCGCGCUGUCGGCGGAGCGGUAUACCUCGGCGAAUCAUCAGUGGGAUGCCACGGUUGAGUUGGCCGUCGGGACCACGUUCGAGUAUAAGUUCGUGAAGAAGACGGCCGGCGGGAGCUUUGUUUGGGAAAGUGAUCCCAAUCGGAAGUUUACGGUGCCUGCGGGGUGUAAGGGGGGUAGUGUUGGGGUGGAGAGCUCGUGGAGGUGAUUUUGCUUGUCUUGUUUCUAUCAAGGUUGGAGGGAUUGGGUCGUUAUUCAUGGAAUGGGAUUAU